GUCUUCAGUUACUCGCAUGGUUCUUACUUGUACAUGUACACCAUGUUUGUCUGUCAACCCAUCAACGAUGAUGCUUUUAGUCCGCAAGACGGCACACUCUACCUCCUCGAUCUUCUGAGAGACCUUUGCUCCGGGAGACAAGCAAAGUUCUGCCGAGCAUGCCUCGGCGUGCCAUCACGCAGAGUUGUGUAUGGAGUCAGCCAGACCUUGUCGCCCGUCCUGCAGUUCCCUACAGGUCCGUACUUGCCAAUACUUGUGUGAUUCUUCUUCCGUGCCCUCCCCUCUUUGUCGGCCUGUGCUGGCGUUGAUGCCUGGAAUCUCAUUCACUGGCGGCACCUACCAUGCUGCUAUUAUCGCGGGCUCCCAUUCAACCCCAGAGGCCUGGAAAGCUUCACAACCAAACUUUCAUUCCACUCUCCCUUCCCACUGUAGCAUCAUCGACCCACAUACAUUUCCCGCCUGUUGCAUCCGCUGUCUGGCUCAUUUCCCUUACUCAACGGAGAGAGCGAGAGCGAGAGCGAGAGAGAACUUGUGGCACAGCCACAACUCAUCUGUCUGUCCAUCAUCAUCUUGGUGGAGUUCGCCCCUGGACAGAGCUCCUGUUGCAUGACUUAUCGUUCGUGUUCCCUUCCGCCACUGUGACGAUGGAACUUGGGGGAAGUGGCAGCGAGUCUGCAGACGAUCUAGGAGAAGCCAACCGACAGCUCGAACAGCUUCGUCAGCAGCGUGGACUUGGCUCAGAACAGCAUGGAUUUGUUGCCCGAAACCUCGGAAGUGCUCUUGAUAUUCUGGCGUCGCAGCUCAACUCCAAGACGACUCACUUUAUCUUGGAGCUCAUCCAGAAUGCGGAUGAUAACGCGUAUCCCAGUGGCGUCCAGCCUACAUUCAGCCUUGUCCUCGACAAGAAUGGAUCCAACUUCACACUUCGCACCGACUGCAACGAGACCGGCUUCUCGUUGAAGAACAUCGAUGCUAUUUGCAGUAUUGGCAAGAGCACUAAAACCGGGAUUAUCAAUGGCCAGAAAGGGUUCAUUGGCGAGAAGGGCAUUGGGUUCAAGAGUGUCUUCAAAGUUGCCCAUCAAGUCGACAUCCUGAGCAACUUUUAUGAGUUUCGAAUUGACCGCACAGCCCACCUGGGCAUGCUCGAUCCGAAGCCGCAUAGAUUCCCGGACACUCAGAGACGACUCCAGCAAAUCAAGCCGGAGUUGCUUCUGUUCCUGCGUCAGCUGAGCGUGCUGGAUAUAAAGGUCGAAGACGGACAUUGCGUGUACAGGUCAAUUCGCCAAAAUCGGGACCCACGAUAUGACGGAGAAACUGUCUCUUUGAACGAGGAUCGUACUGGAUCCCCAUUCGAUGAGCCUGUGAAGACAACAAAACUGCAUCUCAUUGUACGGUACGAAGUGCAAGACAUGCCUGUCGAUGCCCGCCGGAAUAGCGUUUCCAGCACCGAGAUCACACUGGCGCUCCCUGUUGGCUCCGAGCUCGAGACAUGUGACGCUUUUGCUUUUCUGCCAAUCGACCAGUCUGGCUUUAACUUCAUCGUGCAGGCCGACUUCCUUCUUGUGGCCAAUCGCCAGGCACUGCAGCACGCCCUUCCGUGGAACCAAAGGAUCCUUGAGGCCAUUCCCGAUGCCUUCGUGCAAGCAGUUCGUCACUUCAACCAUGCCGAUGCAACACACGGAUAUAGUCUGAAAUAUAAAUGGCCUCUCUUCCUCGAAUACAAUGGCCCGAAGAGCUCCACCUGGACAGAGGUUCAUCAAGGGAUCAAAAGAAGACUGUGCGACGAGGACGUUCUUGAAGCUCGAGAUGGCAGGUUUAGGGCUGUGCGUCCUGUUCCAUGUCCUGCGGGCACUCAGCAGACUGCUGCCCACAAACCACUCAUUAUCAUUCCAACGGAGUACCGCUUUGACAAUGGCUUCUUAAUUGAUGCGACAAUCAACCACGGCCAUCAUCUGGCGUUCGAAUACGACCCUGUUCUGGAGGAGUUGAAGGCACUCGACGUGAAGGAGAUGACUGGUGCAGGCCUUCGUAACGAAUUCAGCGAUUGGCUCGAACGUGCUGGCCAUGCCGGACUUGCCGCAAAGUCUGACAAGUGGCACGCGGCACUGGCCGCGGCCUUCAUGUGGAAGGGUCGCAGCAAGCAAAAAGACAAGCUUCAGGAACUACCUCUGGUUCAUCUAGCAGACGGGAGCUGGGCAGCCUGUGCGGGCGGCGACAUCUUUUUCCCGUCGACGGGAGCAGUCUUGAAUGUGCCCUCUGAUCUUGGAAUUCGAGUCGUUCAUUCAAAUGCUGCAAAAGAUCCGCAUCGGCGGGAAUUCUACACUUACCUCGGUGUCAAAAAGCUGGACGCUGAAACGAUUUGUUCCCUGAUUCUCGAAAAGCACGCGAUGAUUCCGAGACCUACGCGGAAGCCUCUCAACUGGGUGCUCGAUAUCCUGUUUCUUUUCAGACAAAAGAAGCUUCUAGCGACCAUGGACAAGAAACCUCGAUGGUUUCUGGUGGCCGGCAACAGGUCGAUCGCAGAGCAUGUGUAUGUGGAGGAUCCGUCUAGCCACUGCCCUCUCCUUUCUAGACUCAUUGCCGAUCCUAGCUCGGAGAUACAAACCCCCAGCAGCGAUCUUAUGGACGAAUUCACGGGGAACACCAAAUAUGAAUUCAUCAGUUGGUUGCAGCAGCUCCCGGGAGUGUCUUCACGACCCCGACUCCGAAUUGCCCAAAGACCAGCAUACGCAGUCACCCAAGAAUCGGUCAAUGAAUUUUAUAGAAAGCUGAGCAUAAGUGCCCGAGACUUUCAACCUCAGAUCCGAACUGCAUUUGCGCAACAGCCCUUGAUCUUCAUCAGCGGCCCAAAUCCCCAAUGGGCUUAUCCGACUGACUGUAUAUGGCGUCGGCCUGACUACGUUGAAACUGGAUUGCCCCUGCCCAAGGUGUAUGAAGGCUAUACUGGCCUGUUUAGGGAUUACCUCGAGGUUCGAAGCAUCAACACAGGUGAUAUCUCACGCGAGAUAAAGGCUAUAGCCCAAAAUGGGGGAAGUAUCGACAAAGUUAAACAUCUUGUUCGAGACCUCCUUGCAUUGCUUCCUCAUGGGAGACUCGCUGAAGCAGAGGAGCAAGACCGAGACGAGAUCGAGGGAGCGCCAUUAUUUCCUGUCAAGACUUGUUCGCAUCGCGGUAGCGACACCGAGGGGCCGACUACUUUGCGCAGCCUUCGAGACAUGAAUUGGUAUAUCGCAGACAGGCCGGAGCUGGAAAAGAUGUUCAUCGGAAAGGUCGAGCUUCUCGACGUAGAGGCGAGUCUCCGAAGAAGUCUUGUGGGCGCGUUUGGGCUGCACCUUCGACAACUUUCCAAGGCUGUCACGGAAGAAGUGACUUGGAACAAUCGGGGACAAACUAUUGAUCGCAACAUGACAACCUCGUUCCGUUCUAGGGCUGCACAAUUUUGCAGGUACGACUCAAUGUCUUUUUCGAUUCUCAGAUUCACGUUACUGGUCAGGCUAACAUGGCUCAGGCUCAGUAGCAACCCGACCGCCGAAAUGCUUGAUCGGCUCAAGAAAACCGAAGUCAAGACGGUCUCAUGCAUAAACAUUACGAGAAAGCUCGAUGGAUGCGCCCCGAUACGAGAUGCGUCGCGUCGCCACCAUGUACAGGAGCUCGAUGACCGCAUCGUCAUCUAUCAUACCACUCUUACCGAGACGGAUGUGAUGCACCUCGAAGACGACUUUUCAGGUAUUGUCGUCAGAACUUGCGGUAUUGACGAUGCGCGGUGGUCUCGGCUGGUUCCUUUCAUAAUGCGAGUGGAUCCGGACCAGAUCAUGGAUUUUCUCGACAAGCACGAUGUGCGUGACAACAACGGGCCGGCGUUUGACAUGGUGGACGAGUGGGAGCAAACCAAGAGCGAGAAUGGUCAGUCUGAGAAAGAACAGGGAGACCAGGUGAUUGAAUCUGGACCAGCAGAAAACGCCAUGGAUGUGGGCGACGGUCCAGAUGAUCUCGACUUGGGCGGCAUUUCCUUUGAAGACAACGACGCAGGUCUGUAUGACGACGGAGAUUCUGAGGGCGUCGCCCCCGCCAAGCCGGAUGUUCUCAAGAAAGCCACCGAAGCUGCUGAGAUCAAACUGGAGGAAACGGCCCGCCACUGCCCUGGGACAGGUCCCUCGUCAUCGCCCCCAACAUCGAAUCCCACGCCUCUGAAAAAUGUCCGCCGUCGUUCCAGAGUUGAGGAGUCAUCUCACACUCGCAAGAGGCAGCGCGUUGAAAAGAUGACGACUCCGCCCAGUGUCGACAAGAUCAGCGAUGACGCAGACGGACAUGAUGAUAUGGCAAUCGACGACGCUGAUAAGCUCCUAUCGGAGCCGACAAUUGAGGCGGACGUCCCGCCGAUUCCUCACGAGCCAAAUUACCCUGAAGUGAGAAAAAAUGUGGAGGCCCUACUGAGCGAAUUACUCCCUGGCUGGCAGCCGUAUGGAGACGAGAUGCCCGACUGCUAUCGAUACGUCGACGACGGAGAUGAGACCAUGCUCAAGUUUGCCAAGAGAUUCCAUCUCAGGGCUGACAGCUUUAAACACAUUGCGCCGCAGAUGAAGGCGGGAACCACCUACUGUCUCGAUGUCAAGAUGACUGCCGGCGAAGUGUCGACGCCUUUCGGGUUGAAUAAGACGCAAAAUCACUUUGCUCUACAGCAUCACAAACGAGACAAUACGACCAACAUUAUAUAUCUUGUUUUGCGGGUCUCUCACGCCCUACAUGACAUCCAGGGCCUCUUGGUCAUAUUGAACCCUUGGACUCGCCGCGUUGAUGAGAAUGACCGGACGGAGCUCCAGUGUAGCGAGUGGACUGUGUUCAACUUUGAAUGAGCAGAGGAGCCGUGUUUCGUGCGCUGGAACGCCUUGUUGUUUGCAGUCGAGUUCCGAGUGUGAGCCCUAGUCUAGGGAUAUGGUUUGCUCAGGUAGUUAGUUGUUGAGGAUUGGCUGAAAUCUUCUCCGCAAGACUGGGACUGUGUUUUACGAAGCAUAGGGAGCCCGUGGCUACCAACGAGGGUAGUGGAUGUCGUUUGCUUACGUGUCCGGUACAAUGUCGCGGCACGACUUGCUGCAUGAUGAAGGAAAAUUAGCAGGAAAAACAAAAUUGACAGCCGUUGA